GAACGUUCCAAACUUAACGCCUUUGCCUUGUAAACCUCUGCGAGACUGUGAUAGCAGAGUGAAGCUGUAGCCCUUCUAGCUUUCUCUCCGGCGAGCGGAGACAAAGAUCGAGGCUUGGGAAGUGGGAUCGAGGAGUGUAUAUUGAAGGAAUAGUAUCAGCGAAAACCCAUAACUCAAAAUCAUCUUAAAGCAUAGAAAGGGGGAAAAAAAGGCAAAAUGGGAAGGGAGAGAGAGACUCAAAACCCGCAGCAACAGCAAGUCUCCUUCACCGUCGAACAGCUUGUAGCCGUCAAUCCCUACAAUCCAGACAUACUUCCAGAUCUGGAAAACUACGUUAACGAGCAGAUUUCAUCGCAAAAAUACAGUCUGGAUGCAAAUCUAUGCCUGCUUCGCCUCUAUCAGUUUGAACCAGAAAGAAUGAGCACCCAAAUUGUUGCUCGCAUUUUGGUUAAGGCACUGAUGGCAAUGCCAGCUCCAGAUUUUAGCCUAUGUCUAUUUUUGAUUCCUGAGCGAGUGCAAAUGGAGGAAAAGUUCAAGACAUUGAUGGUUCUCUCACAUUAUUUGGAGACUGGAAGGUUUCGCCAGUUCUGGGAUGAAGCAGCUAAGAGUCGCAACAUAGUUGAAGCCGUGCCAGGUUUUGAGCAAGCUAUCCAAUCGUAUGCUAUUCAUCUGCUUUCUUUGACUUAUCAAAAAGUUCCCCGGUCUGUGCUGGCUGAGGCAAUCAACAUUGAAGGUCUGUCCUUGGACAAAUUCCUUGAACAACAGAUGACCAACUGUGGCUGGAAGAUUGAGCAAGGGCAUGGUAAGGGCCAAUUCAUUGUCCUACCCAGCAAUGAGUUUAACCAUCCCCAACUCAAGAAAAAUACUGCAGAUGGUAUCCCGUUAGAGCAUAUCACUCGAAUCUUCCCCAUUCUUGGCUGAACUUUGCAGUGGGUAGGAUUAUUUUGAAAUUGCUCUCUGCUUGCAGCAGUUGCUUGGGUCCUAAGUUACUUGCUGCUUCUAAUCGUUUUCUUUUCUUUCGUUUGUCAUACUGCUUAAUUGUAAUAGGGUCUGCAGUAAACUUUUCUAUUUAAGUUCAAGUACAAACGCAGGAGCAGAAUUGAGAAACCUGAUGAUUCAUUGUUUCUAUUCUUUAGCUAUGAGUUUACAGUCUUGGAAACGAAAAGUUAUUGAAAUUCUCUUUUUUUUUAAGGGAC